AUGCCGGGAAAACUCCGCAGCGAGUCCAGGUUGGAAUCAGACGCGGAGUUGAGUGACGCUACUGGCGAAGACAGCAGUGAGACAGAAAAGGAAAUACCCAUGGAACAGAAAGAAGGUGCUUUCUCUAAUUUCCCCAUAUCUGAAGAGACUAUCAAGCUUCUCAAAGCUCGUGGGGUGAAUUACCUGUUUCCUCUACAAGCCAAGACAUUGAACCAUGUGUACAGUGGGAAAGACUUAAUUGCCCAGGCACGGACAGGAACCGGAAAGACAUUCUCCUUCGCCAUCCCUUUGACCGAGAAGUUUCAGAGUGGGCUACAAGAGAGGAAGAGAGGCCGUGCUCCUCAGGUACUAGUUCUUGCACCUACAAAAGAAUUAGCUAAUCAAGUGAGCAAAGACUUCAGUGACAUCACAAAAAAGUUAUCGGUGGCUUGCUUUUAUGAUGGAACUCCCUAUGGAGGUCAAAUCGAGCGAAUGCAGAGUGGGAUUGAUAUCCUGGUUGGGACCCCGGGUCGUAUUAAAGACCACCUGCAGAAUGGAAAGCUGGAGCUCACCAAACUUAAACAUGUUGUCCUGGAUGAAGUUGACCAGAUGUUGGACAUGGGUUUUGCUGAUCAAGUAGAAGAAAUUUUAUGUGUGGCAUACAAGAAAGAUUCUGAAGACAACCCCCAAACAUUGCCUUUCUCUGCAACUUGCCCUCAUUGGGUAUUUAAUGUUGCUAAGAAAUACAUGAAAUCUACAUACGAACAGGUGGACCUGAUUGGUAAAAAGACUCGGAAAGCAGCCAUAACUGUGGAGCACCUGGCGAUUAAGUGCCACUGGAGUGAGAGGGCAGCGGUCAUUGGGGUGAUCCAAGUGUACAGUGGUCAUCAGGGACACACUAUCAUCUUCUGUGAAACCAAGAGAGAAGCCCAGGAACUGUCACAGGAUUCGUGCAUAAAGCAGGAUGCCCAGUCAUUGCACGGCGACAUUCCACAGAAGCAAAGGGAAAUCACCCUGAAAGGUUUCCGAAAUGGCAGUUUUGGCGUUUUGGUGGCGACCAAUGUCGCUGCGCGUGGCUUAGACAUCCCUGAGGUUGACCUGGUUGUCCAAAGCUGCCCGCUGAAGGACAUGGAGUCCUACAUUCACCGUUCAGGGCAGACAGGCAGAGCUGGAAGGACAGGGGUUUGCAUCUGCUUUUAUCAGCACAAGGAAGAGUACCAGUUAGUGCAAGUGGAGCAGAAAGCGGGAAAUAAAUUUAAGCGGGUAGGUGUUCCUUCUGCAACAGAAAUAAUAAAGGCCUCCAGCAAAGAUGCCAUCAGGCUUUUGGAGUCUGUGCCUCCCACCGCCAUCAGCCACUUCAAACAGUCAGCUGAAAAGCUGAUUGAGGAGAAGGGGGCUGUGGAGGCCCUGGCGGCCACGCUGGCCCACAUUUCAGGGGCCACAUCUGUCGACCAGCGCUCCUUGAUCAACUCACAAGCGGGCUUUGUCACCAUGAUCCUACAGUGCUCGAUCGAGAUGCCCAACAUUAGCUAUGCUUGGAAAGAAAUCAAGGAGCAGCUGGGCAAAGGCAUUGAUGCCAAAGUGAGGGGGAUGGUCUUCCUCAAAGGAAAACUGGAAGUUUGUUUUGAUGUCCGCACUGAAGCAGUCACAGAAAUACAGGAGAAGUGGCAUGAUUCAAGACGCUGGCAGCUCAGUGUGGCCACGGAGCAGCCAGAGCUGGAAGGACCCGUGGAUGGAUAUCGAGGUGGCAGGGGUCAGCGUGAUGGCAACAGCGGUGCAUUCAGAGGACAGCGGGGUGGAAGCAAGAACUUCAGGGGACAGGGGCAGCGAGGAAGAAAUAGAAACUUCAGAGGACAGCGACCCGGAGGUGGCAACAAAGGCCAGAAGCGGAGUUUUAGUAAAGCGUUUGGUCAGUGAGUAGAGGCUAGCAGGAACUGUUCACACUGUGGACCCCACUGCCCUUUCCCCUGUCAAAGCCCCCAGUGCUUCCUUCCUUUUUGAUCAUUUGCUCAGCCCCCAUUCCUUGUAGAGAGAUGGGCUCUGGACUGUUCUAACAUCAUGAGCUGUCUUUGUAGGAACCCAGUUCAUCGUUUUCCAACAUAGUGUCUAAUUUU